AUGGCAGCCAACACUGACACCCUCACUAUACCUCCAGCCAACACCCUCACUAUACCUCCAGCCAACACCCUCACUAUACCUCCAGCCAACACCCUCACUAUACCUCCAGCCAACACCCUCACUAUACCUCCAGCCAACACCCUCACUAUACCUCCAGCCAACACCCUCACUAUACCUCCAGCCAACACCCUCACUAUACCUCCAGCCAACACCCUCACUAUACCUCCAGCCAACACCCUCACUAUACCUCCAGCCAACACCCUCACUAUACCUCCAGCCAACACCCUCACUAUACCUCCAGCCAACACCCUCACUAUACCUCCAGCCAACACCCUCACUAUACCUCCAGCCAACACCCUCACUAUACCUCCAGCCAACACCCUCUUUAUACCUCCAGCCAACACUGACACCCUCACUAUACCUCCAGCCAACACCGACACCCUCACUAUACCUCCAGCCAACACUGACACCCUCACUAUACCUCCAGCCAACACUGACACCCUCACUAUACCUCCAGCCAACACUGACACCCUCACUAUACCUCCAGCCAACACCCUCUUUAUACCUCCAGCCAACACCCACACUAUACCUCCAGCCAACACUGACACCCUCACUAUACCUCCAGCCAACACCCUCUUUAUACCUCCAGCCAACACUGACACCCUCACUAUACCUCCAGCCAACACCCUCUUUAUACCUCCAGCCAACACCCUCACUAUACCUCCAGCCAACACCCUCACUAUACCUCCAGCCAACACCCUCUUUAUACCUCCAGCCAACACUGACACCCUCACUAUACCUCCAGCCAACACCCUCUUUAUACCUCCAGCCAACACUGACACCCUCAGUAUACCUCCAGCCAACACCCUCUUUAUACCUCCAGCCAACAUUGACACCCUCACUAUACCUCCAGCCAACACCCUCACUAUACCUCCAGCCAACACUGACACCCUCACUAUACCUCCAGCCAACACUGACACCCUCACUAUACCUCCAGCCAACACCCUCACUAUACCUCCAGCCAACACUGACACCCUCACUAUACCUCCAGCCAACACUGACACCCCUCACUAUACCUUCAGCCAACACCCUCUUUAUACCUCCAGCCAACACUGA